GUUGGAUGGCACCCUUUCAGGCAGCGGGUCAGUUUGAAGCUGCAAUAGGGCUCCAUGGAAACGGGGCAGAGUAGCCCCCGGGCCGGGACCCCGCUGCUGCUGUAGCGCCCUGGAAGCAGCUGGGAGAGCGGAGCUCCUGUGGGCGCGUCGCAUUUCUGGUGAAGAGCUAAUUAUCAGAUGCUGAAUCUGUGAUGGCAAGGCCAAUUAUUUCUCCAGUGAGUAUCAAUCCAACAGCUCCUGAAACCUUUGUAAUACUGAACCAGAGGAUGAGAGUUGUUGAAGAGCAGACAAGUGCACUGUUGCGGGAGCUACAGACACUGGGCGUAAAUGGACACAGUAUGGAUCCCUUCCCUUCCAAAACCUCAGAAAACUUGGAAGAUCACCAGUCCAUCACCCCUAUCCGUGCCAGAGUGGCAUUCAUUGGAGGGCAUGACACACUCUGGCGAACCUGUGACACUCUUGUGAAUAGGAUGUGCCGGCUGGAAAGUGUCAUGCAGACCUUGAAACUGAACAUGUAUAGGUUGCAAACAGAAAAAGAACUGAAUCCAAAGCAUGCAGCCAACUUAGAACAGCGUUUGAACACAAUACAGGAAGAGCAUAUGGAAGAAUUAAAGGUGCUGCAAAUGGAGGGGAGAAUGUUGUGCCAGCAGCUGAGGGAGUCCCGGGAGGAAGAGGAGAAAGCCAGAGCUCAGGCAAAAAGGCUGACUGCUGCUCUGGAGAUUGCUACUGUGACAAAGAGAGAUGCGGCUAUUGCUGCAGAUGAGUUGCGGGUAGUGAAAAAGAAGCUGAACCAUGAAUUGCAAGAGCUAACGGAGCAGCUGUCUAAAGAGUCUAGUGUGCGGAAGUCUUUGGAGGAAUCCCAAGCUGUUCUGCUUUAUCGUAUGCAGGAUAUGGAAGUGACAGUGGAAAAAGAACGGCAGCAGGUUCACAUUCUGCAGCGAGACUAUAACAGCCUGCACCAGGAUAUUCAGAUAUCUCGAGAGAGGCUGCAAAAGGAAGAACAGAGGGCAGUCCAGUUGGAGCAGGAAUGUACACAACUUAAAAGUGAUUUAGAAUCCCGAGAGAGCACUAUUUCCAGGCUUGGUGAAGAAAAGAAGACUGCACAGCUGUCACUGAGCAGAGCACAUGAGGAGAAUGCACAGCUGCGAUCAGAAAUAACGGCUUUGCGUGAGGUUGCAGAAAAAGUGCAAGUGCUUAAUGAGCAGUUGACCCAGCAGUGUGCAGAACUGAAUAGCGGCCUUCGAAAUGUUACCAUGGAGAAUGCUCAACUUAUCGUGGAUCAUCAGGCCGCUCUUAAGGUGGAGCAGGAGAAAAUUAAUCAAAAGCUGCAAGAACAAGACUUGAUUUUGGAUGCUGCUCGAGCCACCAUUACAAGAGAGCUGCAGAUUGUGCAGAAUGAAAAAGCACAGCUUCAGAGAGAGAUGGAAACUUUGCGUGCUAAGCUGGCUAACUGCAAGCAGAAGGCUUGUCCUGCUACUGAGAGCAUAGCCACCCAAACAGAGCUCCUGGGGUCCAUGGUUCCCAGGCUACAAAAGGAGCUGGAAAGAGCCCUGCAAGAGAGAGAUUGUCUGCUAAAGGAGAAAGAGAGACUAGAAGAAGAGAUGCCGAAAACAAUACAUGAACUAAUGCAAGAGAACAAAAGAUUAGAAGCAGAGCUAACAGAAAGCAAGGUGGAAAUUAGUCCUCUGAAAGACGUGCUGAGGGUGCUAGAAAAAGAAAACAAGAAGUUAAUGGAGCAGAAAGCUGCCUUGGAACACCAACAGACAAGAGUCCAGCAGUUGGAAGAGGAGGUACAAUCCCUCAUGGAUGUGCGUUCAGAAAAUAGUCAGCUUCUCAAGCUGAAUGCUGCUUUGGAGACAAACUAUAAUCAGUCACAGUCAGUCCUUGUCUGCAGAGAGGACGAUUACUCUGUAACAGUCAAAGCAUGUGACAAAGCAUUAAGAGAGAACCAGAAGCUCAAAGGACAAAUAAGUGCUGUUGAAGAGAGAGAGAAGCACAAGGUAAUGAAUUUACAACGCAAGCUGGAUGAAUUGAAGGAAGAUAAUGUCAAAAUGACAACAAUGCUAGAAAAUGUAUUGGCUUCUCAUAACAAAAUGCAGGUCGCCCUGGAGAAGGUGCAGACUGAAUUGGGGCAAAAGGAUUCUGAGAUUGCUGGCCUGAAGAAGGAUAGGACUCAGGGCCACCAAAGGAUUCAGAAAUUAGAGGCGGAAUUGGAGCAAUGUCAGAACAAACUUGUCCUGGAGUCGCAGCACAAUAUAAAGAUGGAUCCACUUCGCAAAGCGCUGGAAGUCUCUAAAGCGGACAACAAGAAGCUUGCUCAAAGCUUAGAGCAGUCUCUACAGACCAAUGAAGCCCUGCAAAGCAAGCUGCUGCUUGUUCAGGAUGAGUUAGAAAGCAAGGAAGAUGAGUAUCAGCAACUAAUGGAAUGCCGGGACCAGCUAAUUGAGGAAACCAGGACGGAGGCAAAGCUGUACGCAGACCGCCUUGAGACUCUGAAGAAACAGUUCCAGACUGAAAGGGAAGUCACAAAGAAAGCCGCCCACAAGGAAUCAACCGAGCUGAAGAAAGCCCUUGAAGAAGCCUGCUCUAAAUCUGGCGAAAUGUCCCGCCAUAACAGGGAGCUACGAACAAAAGUGGUGGACCUGGAGGCUGCCCUGGCAAGUCAGAAGGAGAAAGUGAAAAGACAGAAAGUGUUGAUUACACAGUACUUCAACUCCAAGAAUAACAAUGCUCGAAAUUCAGAGCGAAUAAAGGAGAUUGAAUCAGAGUUAAGGCAAAUGGAAGAACUGAAGGAACAGUACCAGAAGAAAAACUAUGAGCAGGCCCUUAGUAUCAAAGAAUUUGUCACUGAAUUAACAAGCCUGCAAAGUGAGAUGCAGCAACUGGCCAAAAAUCAACAAGCCAUGGCAACAGAGAACAGGAAUCUGGUGAGCCAGCUGGAAGGAGAGCGGAAGCGGCGGAAACAGCUUGAGGAAGAGUGCCAGGCUUUAGAAGACACAGUCAAGCACUUGAAGAAAUGCAAAGAGGAUACUGAGCAAAAACUGAAAGAAGCCAGUAAAGAGUCAGAACAGAUAACUGCUAACCUGGAAGAAGCUCACCACUGGUUCAAGUCAAAGUUUGAUAGCUUGCAGCGUGAGCUGGCCAAAAACAGACAACAGAAGAAUCCUGGGGCGGAGGAGGAGGAGGAGGAAAGGCCAGUGAAGCUCCCUAGUCAGGUAUGCCUGAAGCGCUGGGAAACCAAGAACCAUCUAAAGUUCAUCUCCCGAAAAUAUCUAAAUGAGCUGAAUAAGCGAUGAGCUGCUUGAACAGGUAGAUCCAGGCUGGGAGAGAGGACCCCACACCUGUGAACACCACCACCUGGGGCCAGGAUCUCCAUGAUGUGCAGCCGGAGGUAUUGCUACCAAAGAGAAGCUCAAGGAUGGCCUCCUCAAAUUGUGAGCACCCCACAUGCUUACUGCUGUUAGUGGAGCUGGUACUGUGUGAACUUGGUGUGUUCUAUAUGAAUGAAGGAAAUCCUUUAAAUAUAAAUAUGCGCACGCACAAGCUGACUGGGCAACUGCUAAAUCUUUAUUUAGUACAAGGCUCCACUGCUUACUUAAAAAUACCUCCAAGGAACUUUUCAGGCAGGUCAAUGACAAUUUUAUUAGUAAUGCAAGUGUGCCCAAGUGCAAAAUGCAACUUUCUGAGCAGAAGUCCUUAAGACUCCUGUGGCUGUAUGCCUGCACACUGGAUGAAGCUUACACAUCCCGGGGGCGGGGGUAGCUCCAGCCAUCUGCUUUGUUGUGUUCUGGAUGUGACAAUCCAAAGAAGGCUUUCUUUGCAAUUCAGAGGGGGCAAAAAAACCUUGGGGACUUUUAGAAGUGGCAGUACCGAAUCCUAUAAAUAAAGGAAUGCAAGGUUCUAUUCCUGGUUUCCAAAAUGGCUACUUUGUACAGUGGGCUGGCAUAUUGGGAUUUCAUAAUUUUAUAACCUCCUGUUAUAAAAUUGCAAUGGCAGGUGAAGUGUCUGCUGAACACAACUUCAAGCCAGACCCAUUAUACUGAUGACUCAGUCAUCUAGAAUGAGAAAUUUUGUACUGUGGACUUUGUUCGAGUUGUUGCCUUCCAGAUGUGCAGCCAGCACCCCAAGCACCAUUUUCUGGGAAUGAUGGGAACCGUAGUCCAACACACUGAGGGGGCUCUGGUUUACAAAAGAUUGGUCGUGUUUCUCCUGCUUCCUCCAGCUCAUUAUUUAUGCAGGUGCUUAAUUGUUCAUGAUCAGGUAUAGAAGUAAUCAAAGCCAAAAAACAAACCAUUAUCAUCGUUGGUGUUUUAAUACUCUCUGUAGAGAAAAUAAUAAAAAGAAUACUGACUUCUAGAAUAAUUUCAAUUGGUAUGGCUGCUCACACAUACAUACAGCUAGUUAACUCUUGCUGGGGCUUCCAAAAGAACAUCUUAGUGGACUGCUCCAUGAGUACCAAAAGAACCAGACUCACCUGCUGCAUUUCGCCAUAGGUUUUGGGUGAGAGAGUGUGGUGUACUUCUGACCUUUGGCUGAGACUACUUUAGCGUGCUAUCUAACGCUACAUGUGUGUGUAUUAAACUAAAAACUAAAAUAUAUUUAUUUUGUACAGCA